UCUGCUCCUGACACCCUUAAGGCAAGAUAUUUAGAGAAAAAGAGAAGAGCUUGCUGGUGUUGUGCCUGUGUCUGCAAUGCUUACCUGGCCGAAGGGGCUGCUGCAGCUGCUUCUGCUCCACACCGCCUGGAAAAUGGGGAGCGGCCAGCUCCAUUAUUCUGUGCUGGAGGAAUCACAACACGGCACCUUUGUGGGCCGCAUCGCCCAGGAUUUGGGGUUGGAGGUGAGUGAGCUGGUGCCUCGGAUGUUCCAGAUGCUGUCCAAAGGAGAGAAGGACUAUUUUGAGGUAAACCUGCAGAAUGGGAUCUUGUUUGUAAAUUCCCGGAUAGACAGGGAGGAGCUGUGUGCCAAGAAUGCAGACUGUGUCCUUCAUCUGGAGGUGAUUGUGGAGAAACCUCUGAGGUUCUUCCAUGUGGAGGUUGAAAUCAAAGACAUAAAUGACAAUGCUCCCAUCUUCUCUGCCAAGGAACAGAUCCUGAGCAUAGCAGAAUUCAUAACAGCAUCUGGUACCCGAUUCUUCUUAGAGGGAGUCUCUGAUGCAGAUAUUGGUAUUAAUGCUCUGAUAACAUACAAGCUCAGCCCAAGCAAACAUUUUGCUCUUGAUACAGGAAAUGAUGAAGAUGAGAGUAAAUCUGUAGUUCUUGUAUUGAAGGUUCCUCUUGACAGAGAGGAGAGCUCUGUGCAUCAUUUAGUACUGACAGCCACUGAUGGGGGUGAACCAAAACUCACAGGAACUGUUCAGCUGGUCAUCAAUGUGCUGGAUGUCAAUGAUAACCCUCCUGUGUUUAACCAAUCUGUUUACAGAGUAAAGUUGUUAGAAAAUGCAGCUAGUGGGUCAUUAGUUAUUACUCUGAAUGCAACAGACUUAGAUGUGGGGAUUAAUAGGGAAAUCUCUUAUUUUUUUAGUAAUAAAGCACCUCCAUAUGUCAUGAAGCUAUUUAAUAUAAAUGCUGACAUUGGGGAAAUUAGAGUGAUUGGAAAGCUGGAUUAUGAAGAAAGCAAGUUCUAUGAACUUCCAAUUGUAGCAGAAGAUAAAGGCAAUUCUCAGUUAUCAGGGCAAUGUAAAGUUCUCAUUGAAGUGUUGGACAUGAAUGAUAAUAUUCCAGAAUUAUCUAUGAAUUCUCUCUCUGUGCCAUUGCCAGAGGACUCCCCUCCAGGGACUGUAGUAGCCAUCCUCAGUGCAUCUGAUAGGGAUUCUGGCAACAAUGGACAGAUAACCUGUUUCCUCAGGCCUACUGGAGUACCUUUCAAACUUGAGUUAACAUUCAAGAAUUACUACUCCCUAAUUGUUGGAUCAGCUUUGGAUAGGGAGCAGGUGACUGAGUACAGGAUGGUUGUGACAGUGGAAGAUCAAGGUGUUCCAUCACUUUCUUCCAGCAUGUCCCUCUUAGUGCCUAUUAGUGACAUAAAUGACAAUGCUCCAGCUUUCACACAGCCCUCCUAUACAGUCUUUGUGAAGGAGAACAAUCCCCCUGGUGCUCACAUCUUCACAAUAUCUGCCUUGGACCCAGACAUAGCUGAGAAUGGUCUGAUCACCUAUUGGAUAGAUGAGAAGCUCUGGCCAUUGUCAAGCUACAUCUCUGUACAUUCGGAGAGUGGAAAACUUUAUGCAUUGCAGUCCUUGGACUAUGAGGAGUUGAAACUGCUGGAGUUCCAGGUGAGAGCCAAGGAUGCUGGACUUCCCUCCUUAUGUGGCAAUGCAACUGUUCAAGUCUUUGUAAUGGAUGAGAAUGACAAUGCGCCCGUUGUGUCAAGAUCAUCAGAAGAGAACCUGAUUCUUCUAGUGGUCCCUGUGAUGGCUGGGCAUAUUGUAGGCAAGAUCCAUGCCUUGGAUGCGGAUUCUGGAUACAAUGCCUGGCUAAGGUAUGAACUUGUUGAAGAAAGCAAUGGUCCAUGGACUGUAGGGCAGUAUAGUGGUGAGGUGAGUACAAAAUAUUCUCUGGAUGAUUCAGAAGGCAGCAAAAUCCAGAGUGUGUUGGUUCUUGUGAAGGACCAUGGAAAACCUCAACUAUCAGCCACAGCUACCCUGAGUGUUUCACUUGUGACAAGUGGUCAGACAAUCAAAACGGAUAUUAACCUUCAAAGGUCAGGGGAGAGCUUUGUUCCCCUGGUGGAUUCGAUCAAUGUCUAUCUGAUCAUUGCCAUCUGCUCUGUUUCCAGCCUCUUCUUGCUGGCCACUCUCAUCUACGUGGCCCUGCGUUGCCACUGUAAGACAAAGGAACCCAUGGUUUAUGGCCCUGGCAUGGCCACCCUGGUCUGUGCCAGUGAGGUGGGCAGCUGGUCCUAUUCCAAUCGUCACAGCCACAUCCUGGCAGGUGUGAGUGGAGAGGCUGGUGCCAAAAGUGAUCUCAUGAUUUUCAGUCCCAAUAUUCCUGCCUUUGCAAAUAAUGGGGAACUUAUCAAUGGGGUGGAUGCGCCUCCAGAUUCUGCUAAAAAGAAAAACUUGACUUUGGUCAGCUCAGUCCUCAAGAAACUCCGAGCUGCUGAACUUUAUGUGAAAUUGCCUAAAUGUGAAUUUCAUCAGGAGAAGAUCGAUUACCGUAUCUCCUACAAAGGCAUCGAGAUGGACCCGGCAAAAGUCCAGGCCGUUACUGAUUGGGCGCCUCCUCACACCCACAAGCAAUUGCAAAGUUUUCUGGGAUUUGCAAAUUUUUACCGUCAAUUUAUUCCCUCGUUCGCUAACAUCGCUUUGCCCAUUACAAAUCUUCUAAAAUCUAAAGGAGAAGCAAAACCUAGGCCAGGGAAGCCUUUGAACUGGACUAUGGAGUGUCAAGGCGCUUUUGAGAAAUUAAAGCGACUCUUUGCAGCAGAACCAGUUUUGAAACACCCUGAUAUGGAUGUGACAUUCGUGGUACAGGCUGAUGCCAGUGACGUGGCGGUGGGGGCAGUAUUAGUUCAAGCAAACACUGACGCUAGAAAUAUUGCUGCACCAAUGAUUACUAGGAGCCAAGGCCCAGUAGACUUGGAUGUAACUAUGGACCUAAUGAACAAACUCAAAGACGGCCUUGAAUCCGAUAACUGGUUCAAGGAACAUUCUGAUGAAUGUACCAUGAAAGAUGGACUGGUGUGGUACCUCCGAUGUUUCAUCAAUUAUCAACAGGAUAAUUGGGCUGAACUGUUACCACAUGCAGAGGUGGCGUACAAUAAUUCGGUACACAGUAGUACUGGCAUGACCCCUUUUAAAGUUGUGUUUGGCCAGGACUUUGUGCCAAUUCCUGAAUUGCAUCAGGAGAAACCGCAAAUUUUGUCCUUGUCUGAAUGGAGUGAUCAACUUCGGCAGUUUUGGGCCAUGACCCGCAAAGCGUUAGAUGCAGCGCACCAGGCUCACAAAUGA